AUGGAGACCACCGGAAAAGUGAAGAAGGGUUUCGGAGGAAGGAAAGGCGGUGGCCCAAAGGCGAAAUCCGUUUCCAAAUCGAUCAAAGCCGGUCUCCAAUUCCCGGUGGGAAGAAUCGCCCGUUUCCUGAAGAAAGGACGAUACGCCCAGAGGCUCGGUGGUGGUGCUCCGGUUUACAUGGCCGCCGUUCUCGAAUACCUCGCCGCUGAAGUUCUGGAGCUUGCUGGUAACGCCGCGAGAGACAACAAGAAGACCAGGAUCAUUCCGAGGCAUCUUCUUCUCGCGAUCAGGAACGAUGAGGAAUUGGGAAAGCUUCUGAGCGGAGUCACAAUCGCUCACGGUGGUGUUUUGCCCAACAUUAACUCCGUUCUUCUACCUAAGAAGACUGGCAAAUCGACCGAGGAGAAAGCAGCCAAAUCUCCGGCCAAAUCCCCUGUCAAAUCUCCGAAGAAGGCUUGA